AUGGGGGACCGAGGCAGGCGCCACCGAGCCACCGAGGAGGGGCAGCGGAGCAAGAGAGGAAGGAGCCCACAGACAACGGUCCAGCAGAGGCGGCGCGACGAAGAAGCAGAGCGGUGGGAGGCGCAGCCGGAGCACCAGAAGAGCGGCGCGGGAAGGCUAGCCAUGGACAUCACUCGGCUGCUUCAGCAUCCGAGUAUUGAGUCGACGACUGGAAUCUCUGCCGAAGAGAAGCAAGACCUCGCACUCGUUUUCAUCAAGGCGUUUAAGGAUGAAGGCAAUGCUUUUCCGAUUGACUUCGAUGAGGUCUGGACGUUCUUGGAAUACUCGACAAAGGGGAAUGCACUUCAAAAAUUGAAGCGGAACUUCAAGGAAGACAUCGACUACAUUGUACGGAAAGGGACACCGUACACGAGCUUGGGCUCGUCGCCAAAGCGCGGUUCGACUCCGGACCGCUAUCUUCUAACAACAAAAGCCUUUGAGUUCUUCUCCAUGAGCACAACCGGGAGCAAGGGGGAUCGGGAACGGGUUCUGACUGGCAAACACCUUCGCGAGAAAAGUGGCCACCCGAACAACCUUUCCAGUCUCAUCCUUCAAUUCUUCAUCCUGCAAUCUGUCCAAGAACAGGGACAGCUCCGCCGCAAAGGCCUUCGGAAACGCGUCUCCAUGCUGUUUCCAGCUCUUGCGCAACCUUUCGGCAUGAGCCUCUGUUUGAAGGUCCCUUUCCCAAGGAUCCUCGUAGGUCAUCCAAAGCCUCUGGGCCGGUAUCCGGCCGGUCUCUGCUACAUCACGCAACACCCAAGAGAUGACGACUGA